AUGAAAAUAAUUUUAAUAUUUGUUUAUUGUUUUAUACUUAAUAUUAUUUGUUUAUGCUUUAAAAUAGAUAAAAUAUAUGAAUCCAAUAAAAAAAAAUUAUACUUUUUUACAAAAAAAAAUAUAAUUAAAAGACCUAAAACAGGAUCAAGUAUAUAUAAUUGUAUAAAUAGUAAACUUAAUGAUGAUGAUGAAAUAGAAAUUAGAGAAAAAAUAAAAAAAGAAAAUGAAAGAAGAGAAAAAAUUAAAGCAGAAAAUAAUUCAUAUGUUAAUUCUAAUUUUAAAUAUGUAAGUAAUAAUAUUCCAAUUAAUGUGGAAAAAAAAUACAGUUAUGAAAGUUUUAAAUACAGUGAAGAGAUAGCUAUGUAUGUAUUUUUUGUAAUUAAUCUAUUUAAGCAUGAGCAGUUUAAAAAUAAAAUUUAUAAAGAAUCUCUUGAAAUUGAAUCAUCACAAAAUAUAAAUAGAAUACAAUCAGAUGAUCUUUUUGAUAAAAGUAAUAACACUGUUGAAAGGAACAAAAAGUUAGUAAAAAAUUUUUUAAACAAGUUUGGCGAUAGUUUCAAGUUUUUUAAUUCUCACGAAAAAGUUCAAAGAGAAGAUUGGGCUAAUAUGUUCAAGCUUGAACAAAACGAUAAAAAUAAUUUUUUUAAAAAUGUAAAAGUAAAAAGUGAGAAAACCAAAGAAUAUUACUUUGUUAUAUAUUACUGUAACUGGAAAUAUGAAUGUAUGGCUCUUUAUAAUGCUUUUCAUAAUAUUAUGAACAAUGCAUAUAAUAAUGUUAAUUUUUAUAAUAUAUUUGACAAAAGAGAUAAAUGCGAAAAUAUAAAAGAAGAUAAUGAAAAAAAAAAUGAAUUAAGCAAAUCUGAUAUUGAAAAAAUAAGGGAAAUGUAUAUUGAAGAUUUACAAAAUAAUGAAACAAUGGAUAUAGAAAGUUUAAUUAAAAAAGACAAAAAAUUAAAUGAGUGUAAUAAUGAUCAGGAUCAAACAAUGAAAAAUUCAACUGAAAAUGAACAAACAAAUGAAAGCAAAGAAAAAGGGAAUACAAAUAAUAAAAUUAAUGAAACUAAUUUAUUCCAUAAUGAAAAUGCAAAGAAAAAUAAUAAAACAUUUCAAGAUAUAAUGGAAGAAGAAAAAAAAAAAUUAGAUGAAGAAUUUUUUUUAUAUGGUUAUUCAAAAUAUGAAAACAUUGAAGAAAUAAAAAAGGAGGAAGAAAUGAUAAAGCAGACAAAAAAAUUAAUAGAAGAAGAAAAAUUAAGCCAUACAAAAUUGAAUAGUGAAAAAGACUUUAAAAAUAUUCUGAAAAAUUUCUAUAUUCAAAUAAAAAACUAUAAAGAUUUUUAUAAUUAUCAUCAUAAAGAAAAAAAUAUAUUAAAAAAUGAUAUUAAUUCUUACAAAAAUACAGAAAAAAUAUCAAGAGAAUUUUUUAUAAAUAAUGAUAAUUCAAAUAUCACCCAAGUUAGUGAAGAAAAAAACAAAAAGGAUGAGAAGCAAGAAGUAAAUAUAAAUGUUAUCUUCGUUAGAUUAAGUAAUAGUACAGUAAUAGGAAAAACAAAAAAUAUUAAAAAAAAAAUAAAAAAAAAGUGGAUUUAUUCUCAAGAAAAAGAGAUAAAAUUUUAUGAAUUAAUUUUAUCUGUCAUGCUUAAUGAAAACAUUUAUUAUAAAAACAUACCUCAUAUGGAUAUAUUUUCAUUAAGCUAUGAUAAAAAAAAUUUAUACGAUUUUUUUAAUUUAAUUAAUAGUAAUAUAAAGCAUAGUUUUAUUCACAGAAACAAUGUUUAUGACAUAUUUAAUAAUGUUAUUAAUGAUCAAAUGGAUAUCUAUAAUUUUAAUAUAUAUGAUGAGAGCUUAUAUAAAGAGCACGAAUUUAUACAAAAUGAAAAUUCAAAAGAUAAAUUAAUAGAUAAUGAAGUGAAGCAUAAGGAAUAUAUAGAAAACGAUGAUAUAGUUUUAGAAGAGUUAGAUUCAAAUUACGAAAUAGAUGAUUUAAAAAAUUAUAAAGUAAUAUAUGAUCAAAAUGAAAAUAACAUUGAUGAAAGCAACAAGGAGCUAGAAAAGGAAGUCGAUCAAAUGCGAAAUGAAGAAGGACUAAAACUUUCAAACAACAGAAUGAAAGAAAAAAAGACUGAUAAUAUUCAGUAUAAAAUUAUGAAAAAAAAGCAUAAUAAAAAAGAAAAAAGCAAAUAUGAAGUUUUAUUUAAACAAAAAUAUACAAAUAUAUUUGUAAAUAAUAUUCGAAGUAAAUUAUUAAUUGAAAAAGUUAGUUCUAUAUCAAAUGUUGAUAUACAUGCUAAUUAUACAGUAGAUACUUUUAAAGACUUGCCAUUAAGUGAUAUUUUAAAGAAUACAUAUGUGCAUCAAAACUUUAAAAUUGAUAAAAAUUAUGUUUAUUAUUUGAAUCAAAGAAUUCCAAAGGAACUUUUUCCAUUUAUUCUUCAAUUGUCUUUAGCCUUUAAAUAUGAACAUACUACUAUUAUGCUAAAUGCUCCUAAAAAAAUAGAAUUUGAAUUUAGAAACGUGUAG